GGGAGGGGAGUGGGUUGACAUCAGCAGCCUCCAGAAUCAUGCUUUCCAAGUGGAGAAAGGGAAGCUCAUCCCUGAAGAAACACCUAGAAUUUUGCAUAUUACAGGCCUAACUGGAGAAUACAAUACACUUAUACUGGAAAUUAUUAAGCAGCUUUAUUGCCGGAGGCUUCGGAUUAUUAGACAUCUUUUUAUUAUUAUUGCUGGUAAACCGCAAGCUCCAGCUCCGCGAGCUGCCCUACAUUUUAUACUCUAUUUUCUCUAUGCGGUUUUUUUUUUAUGUUUACAACGUGUCGAGGAGAUAUCUUCAGGCGGAUGUUUGCUUCAUCCAUAAAGGCGUAAAAAAAAACAUUUUACAGACAGAACAUUUCCGGACAGAAAAUACGGGAAUGAGGUAAAGAGCCGAGGCGAAAAGAAAAGGCAGCGCGGCGGACAUUGUGAGCCUGAAAACGGCCGCACACAGAAAGAAGAUGCACAAUUAAUCCAAACAUCGUGUUUUCCAUGACAGUACUCAGGACCAUAUCGGCACAGUAUGUAACACUGUCUCUAUGGUCUUAGCAUCUCGUUGUUUACAGCAAUCAAAACGACGUUAAUAUCAUCCUCGACCCGUCGAAUUGUAAAGAAAUAGGGCGGGCAAUUUGCCCCGACUUUUUGUUCAGGUAAUAUUUACCUAUAGUAAAUAUGUUCCACUGUGAUUUUGUGCACUAAUGUAAUCAAGCGAUCGCAGGACGUGGAGGAAAAACCACGGCGUUACUUUAAGGCCUAGAAAAUAAGUGUGCUUAAAGAGAAACACUAAAAGAGACUGACUGGCAUCUAGGAUACACGUGCCUCUUAAAUAUGAGCAGAUCAACUCAAAGGCAUUGAAAUCCCAGCUACACUUCUGUGUUUUCCUGUAAUAUGCAACAUACUGUUUGGGAUCACUAACUGCACCAAUUUUUUAUAUAUCUAUAUAUCUGGACAAUCCAAUCUGCAGGUCUACUUUUUUCAGAUACCAAAGUAAAAGUUUUGUCGAGAUGGGGAGCGAUGGUGAAAUCCUAAGCCACGACUUGGCAAAGGUGUCUGAUGAGGACUUGCUGGCUUGCUCUAAAGAAGAGCUGGUGAGUCGACUGCGGCGAGAGGAGUCAGAGAAGAUGUCGGCGCUCAUUCAGCGCGGACGCCUAAUCAAGGAGGUGAACAAGCAACUUCAGGGACAUCUGCUUGAAAUCAGGGAGCUCAAAGCCAUCAACCAGCGGCUGCAGGAAGAGAACCAGGAGUUGCGUGACUUGUGCUGCUUCCUAGACGAUGACAGGCUGAAGGUGAAGAAGCUGGCACGAGAAUGGCAGCUAUUUGGCCACCAUGCCGCCAAAGUGAUGCGUGAUGACCUGGGCGGCUACCUGAAGAAGCUCUCUGACCUGGAGCGUCUGCAGGAUGGUUUGGUCAAGGAGAAUCUGGACCUGAAGGAGCUGUGUCUAGUGCUCGAAGAGGAGUGUGUGAGCAGGAGUGAUUCAAGCCCAGGGGGAUCGACUGAGCUCAACCUGCCAUGUAUGGUGGCCCGGGACCUCGGGGAUGGAAGCUCGAGCACUGGGAGUGUAGGCAGCCCUGACCAGCUCCACCUGGUAUGCUCACCUGAUGACUGAGCAAGAGUUCAGAGAAAGAGAGAGGAUAAUAGCCAUCAUCCCUUUAUUCCUCUCAGAGAAUGACAGAGAAGGGCCUGAAUGAAGUUAUAUGGGCCAACCCAAAGGAGCAAGGAAGUUUACGAUUUUAGUUGUCACCAAACAUCUCAACUGCUUAUGCGAGACAAAUAGAUAGGCCACAUUAGUCUUUUCUUUGCUUUUUCCUUUAGACUGUUGUUCAUUUUACCCCACAAUGUAGAUAGACUUUAUUAUUGUGAAUGAUAUUACUUUGCUUUGGAGAACAAGCAUGAUUGCAAUAGUUUUAAGCUUUACUUUAGUUCUGUCAUAUUGUGUUUAUGAAAUUUUUGAAAAGAAAGUAGUAGAAGGUCACUGGGAUUUCCCCCCACUAAUCUCUUAUAAAAGUGGUUGUACAUAGGAACUAACCGAUCAACUGGCUAUUUACCACCGAUUUUUACUGCACUGAAAUAUAUUUUAAGGGGGUCUCAUGUUUUAAUGAUGCACUAAACAGGGCUGAAACAUUUCCCAAAUGAUUCAUGUUUUUAAACUUCAUAGAGCCAUAAAACGACUUCUUGGAGGUCCUGCACAACAGCACUGAAUCAUUUUCAAGGGUCUCUCAAGACCUCUGGUUUAAAACGAAUUGAUUGCCAGUUACUUGGCUGUAUGAAGUGUGCACUGAAACCGCACAUUCAGAAUUAGUACACUUUCUCACGAUUAUGAUGUAUUAAAGUUGCUCUAGUAAGAUUUGUUACACUAAACCAUCUUGUUGACUACUACACUGGACACCAGAUGAUUUUUUUGCAUUGAUAAAUUUUAUUACCUAACUACUCACUGUACCAUUUUUUUUGUGUUUUUGAUUGUUGAUUUUAUGGGAUUUUACAUAGCUACAUGCUAUAUUUACACACUGGCAACUGCAAUGGGUACAAUGGUGUUUGUGAAUUUAUAAUAUUGUAUAAUUACGUUUAAUUAUGUUCUUUAGCUUUUACCUAUAUAUUUUGAUUUAGAUGUACAUCAGUAUUACUUUAAUGCCUUUUCUCCCUGUUUAUAACCAUAAGAAUCUGAUUUUGUGGCUUUUUUUGGCUGUAAUCUUUGGGCCAUGGUUGUUGUCAGUGGGAGAGCUUUAAAUACAUUUGAUUGAGCUUGAUUGAGAGAUCUGAAUGUGUAAUAAUCUUUCUUGUGUGCUGUGAGCCACCUAGACAAGGAAAUUGCAUACAGAGUGAAAGUUUUAUUGAUUUGCCUUUUAUUUUAAUGGUUUGUUCAUUUUGGAGGCCAAAAAGACAGAAGUAUGAAGCGUGUUAUAUUUUUGGGUUACCAUUUUCUCUAAUGGAGUAUACAGAGGGCCUUUGAGAGCAUGCACUCACUGAGCCAAUAAGCACAAACCCCCUCUUCACUAUCUCAAUCAUACGUGCACCAAGCUUUGAGUAAGGGCCACUCUUUAGAUUCAAGAGCUAACAGAAGACUCUGUGUUCAAAUCAGGGUCACCAUGUUUAUUCAGUUUGCCCUGGGUAGUUGCAAAUAUUGCUCAUGUCACCAUCAUACUUAUGCAUUCUAUCUAACCCUUGUUUCCUCAUUUCCUGGGUUAUUUAUUUCCAAUUCUAGGUCUUUUGUCUCAAACAAAGACUCAAACUGAACAUGAGAGCGAGACAAGAUUUUCUUUCACUGAAUGUAGAUUAAGGAUGGGUCUUUUCUCAGAUACCUUAUUGGUAACAUCACAGAUAUAAGGCAGAACUGUCAUGCCAACUGCAUGCAGACAUAGUUCAACAGUUUUUAAACAUACAAUUUUACGUUAGCCCUGUGAUUGACUGGUGUUACAGCCAGAAGAAUUCCCCUGCCUUUCGCGAUUGGCUCCGGAUCCACCGCUACCCCGACUAGGAUAAAGUGGUUACUGAAGUUGAAUGAAUGCAUUUGAGGUCACUUUUGAAAAAAUAAUGCAAUACACUGGCACUGUUAUAAACACUGAAAAAGUUAGGCAAUUACUUUGAUAUAAAAAUGUACAUUGGCACAUAUUUAUUUGUGAGGGAGUCAGGGAAUGCACAAGCUAUAUAGAGGAAUGAUAAUAAAAACCCACUUGACUUGACUUGACUUGACUAUGCUGGCUAUCAGGACAUCCUAAGAGGAAACAGUGUUGACUCCUCCUUUCCUCCUUCCCCAUCCCCUAAGCCUCUUCUGUACUCUGUUUCUGUUUUCAAUCAGUGGCUUCU